AUGAAAGCGGUACCCAAGAGGAGGGCUUGCGACUCUUGCAGCAAGCGAAAAAUCAAAUGUGAUGGGCGUGAGCCGCGGUGCGACUACUGCCAGUACCACGACCUGCCAUGCACCUUUGUCCUCCUCAGAAAGCGGAUAGAGCGUGCGAAAGCUCGCAAGGAAGCGGAGCACAGGAAGUUUGUCGACAGACUAGACGCCUUCAGCCGGACCCUGGCUGACGAGCCGACGUGGAUCCCGGAUAAGCCCGGGGCCUCGGCAGAGCAGCACCUCAGCCUGCCGGCAAGCGGACCCCCACACAGCCGGUUCGGCGCUUCGGCAUCUCUCCCAAAGUCACAUGACCAUCCGUCCCAGUUCUUUUGCAAAUUCCACUUCGCCGGCUAUGAGGUUGGCUAUAUCAGUUCCCGCUCCGGACUGCCCAUGUUCUCGCCUAGCGGCCUCGGCUGGAUUGAGUCCCGGACGGGACAAAAUUGCUCCUUCCCCGCCUUGGACGCCCAAGACAACCCCAGUCCUCUGUGCAGCCUUACUGGCGCGAACACACUGCUGUCCACGAUUCAAUUACCUGCUCAGGAAGUCGUGGAGGAGCAGCUCGCAACUUAUUAUAACAGUCCCAUUUGGCUCGUUUACCCGGUCGUCGACCGUUCUAAUUUCAGCCGUACCAUCGCCGCAGCCUAUCAGCCCCAAGGCCAGCUGGAUGCCAGCUACCAGGAUGAGGCGAGGAUGUGUGUCCUGUCUUUCUUGUGCAUGUCUAGCGUAUUUAUCCCCUCGCCCGGGUUGACGCCGGUGACUACCGAGCCCUACGCCCUGCAGGUCCAGAAUGGGUUGCCGCAGAUGCUGGUUGGCUCCAGUAUCCACCUCGUGCAGAUUUGUUUGAUGCAGGCCAUCUACCACCUUUUCUCGAGGGACUGUGAAGUGGCAUUUUUGUUCCACUCGGUCGCAUGUCGGACGCUGUUCACAAUGGGCGCCCAUCGAGAGGGGAUCGACUGCCUGUCGCCCAGCCCUCCCCACGAGACCGAGGACGCGUGGCGUUGGAAAUGCUACCUGCGCCAGUGCUUCUGGAUACUCUACGUACUGGACAAGGAUCUGGCCCUUCGCUUACGCCAGCCACCUUCCAUAUCAGACGAGCACUGUGAUCUCACUCUCCCUGAUGGGUACAAGAGCGGCCUCGGAUCGGAGUGGGACCACGCGGGCAAGCCCCAUUUUCCCGGCGACCUGAGGCUCUCCAUCAUCAAGUCCAAAGCAGUGCAACAUCUGCACUCACAUUCUGCAAUUCAAAAGUCCGACGCCGAGCUCCUCCGAGACAUCCGUGAGCUCGACGAUGAGCUGGAGGCCUGGCGUCUCUCCAUCAAACCGGAAUUCCGGCCGAGGCUUUGCAACGGCGGCAAAGACUAUAUGCCGAGCGAUACGCCUGACCCCAGCCGGAUGAUGCAGUUUAUCAUAACAAACCUUGAAUACCGCCAUUUGGUCGCCACCAUACACCAGGCCACCGGCCGGUGCCGCUCUGGAACUACGCACGGGAGUGAGACUCUGAAGGGUGUGAACUCGAGUGUGGCCAUAUGCGUAGAGGCCAGCCGCUCAACACUAAUGUUUCUGGCUACCCCUGGGAGAAACAUGCCCGCUGAUGCUUUCUGGAUGGUCAUAUUCUACCCCGUGCAAGCGACGGUAAGGGUGUUUUUAAACAUUCUACUCCAGCCCCGAGAUCCUCAAUGCCAGGAAGAUCUCAAACUUCUCCGGAUGACGUCGGAAGCCAUUAGAAACAUAGAGAAUCCCGGCACCCAUACCGCCCGUAACUACAUUAGUAGUAUCGUGAGCUUUGUAGAGGAGACGGUAAAACUUGCAACUUGCGCGAUAGAAAAUUCGGCACAAACAAAUUGA